AUGGAAGUUAUUUUUAGCGAUUCUUUAAAUCAAGAUGGACAACAAGAAAUAAUAUAUGAAAAAAUUAUCGAGCCUUCUAAUGUAACUAAUGAUAUGGAGUAUUCGUUCCAAGAACCACAUUUUGAAAUAGUAACCCAUUCUGCUCAGAUUAAUGUUAAUCCUGAACCAACUACCAACAUAACACAAGGCAAACAUAACUCAAUUCAAAUUGUUUCAGAGUCAUUAAUUGAUAUGCCAAUAGUUACUACUACUAUGUCUACACUUAACACCCCAUCAGUUACAAAUUUGACUCCAGUUAAAUUAAGUGAUAUUCUGGUACUACCAAAAACACCUCAGAGAAAAGGCGUUAAAAAUAGUGUAAAAAAUCCUUUUGUACUUACGUCAGCAGAUUGGAGAGCUAAAGAAAAUGAAAAAAAUAGGAUUAAGCAAGAAAAGGCAGAAGGAAUCAAAAAGAGAAAAGAAGAUAGAGAACGUAAGAAAUUAGAAAAGGAAAAGGCACAAAAGAUGCCAAAGAAAUCCAAAAAGAAUGCCAAAGAUGAUGUUGUUAAGUUUUUGUUAUCAGAAAAUUUUUAUAACUUUAACAAAGAUGCUACUGUUGUUGAAAAGGAAAAUGAGCAACACAUAGAUUAUACAGAUGAAGGAAACAGACAGUCAAAAAGAAGUAAAACUUACACUACUGCUGAACUGGAGGAGAUAUUAACUGAACUUGAUGGGUAA